AUGUCUCAUCCCGACAAUGACGCCGAUUUGGAUGCCCUCCUGGAUGACUGUUUGAACACAAUGGAUGAACAGGAGCGUAUACACGAAGAAAAGGCUCAGGAACGAGCGGCAACACGCGCAGUUGAUCAAAAGAGUGCAACUGCAGAGUUGAACCCAGAUGAGGCUACCAUGAUCAACCUCCUUCGAACAAUCAUGGAGUCUGCGGGAAGUGAUGAAAAUACUGACGCCGACAACGUUGAAGAAAAGUUGGCGUCACAAAUCGAGGAAAUAAGCGCAAUGCUGGCGGGGAUUCCAGACAUAACGCCGGAGGAGCGCCAGAGCUACGAACAAGUGCUGCAACUCGUGCAAACACUAAAGGAUGGCAGCGCAGCGAGUUCAAAAGAAGGGGAGGGUUCCGGAACAUCGUUAUCAGAUGGUGACGAUGACAAACCGAGCGAAGAGGAGCUUGCCACAAUUCGUAAGGUGAAUGAGUUACUCAUGCAGCUAGGCGAAGGCGAAGGCGUACCAGCGACUGAGGCGGGUUCCGCCGGUGCAACUGAAAACGCUGACUCCCCUGAGUUUGCAGCAGAGGCGUUGCUUAAUGUUUUACUAGAUCCACAGUUGGUGGAGCCCUUGCGACAAAUGCGGGAAUCGUACCCACUAUGGUUAGCGGAAAAUGAAAGCAAAACGAGUGCCGAGGACUUGGCGAGAUAUAAGAGACAACACGAAAUUACCGUAAGUAUUUGCGAUUUUCUUGAAUCGGGUGCUGUUGGUGCUCAAGAUAUGGAAAGGAUGAGCACUUUGGUUGCGUUGAUGCAUGAAUAUUCCUCACUCGCACCGCUUCCCCCAGGACUUGCCGAUGUGCAACCAUCAGUGUAG